CUUACCCGAUCCCAAUAGGCCUUGUUUUUGAUGCAAAAUCCCUUAAUUAUGAGACCGCCCGGAUGUCACCCUCAUGAAUGCCUCAUAACUAUAUACAGGUACUUAUCGCCCUUUAUGAAUUAUUGCCAAGCCAAAUGUCGAUUUACAACUUUGAUCAAAUAAUCCUAACUAAAUUGGCAUAAGUUGGGUUCCACCAAUCAUAUAUACCUACGUCACAGACCAAAUGACGAUAACCUGUAAUUACAUGUAUCCUCUGACAGCAGGUAUUACUUACUUGCAUGCACUGGAGAUUAAACUCUGAACUGUCACCCGCGAGGCAAGUGGAAACCGCCACUUAGAAAAUAGUAGCGCGUAGACUUCUGCUCGCAUGACCAAAUCAUUUGUUAUUACAUGUACCUAUCGACCCGUCACUUACCUAAGGAAGGAUAAGGCCAAGCUUUUGCAUACUUUGGAAAAAGAACAAUCAACUUACUUUCCCCCUGCCAACCUACCUAACUAUCCGCCUAUUCCUAUUACAUAUGAUAGCAUCUCACACCGAGAAUACCGCUAUUUAAUAAUCUGGUUUAUAUACUCAUUACCUUUGGAUACGAUUGUUCGAGUUCGGUGUUUUUGGGGUAUAGGAUUGACCGACAUGGCAAUGAGUAAGAGGAUGGUAUCCGAGGACACGCUCCCGGUGCUCAAGGUCUUGAUCAUCGGCCCUUCCGGCGCCGGCAAAUCUGCAUUGCUGCUAAGAUAUUGCGAUGACCAAUUCGAUCCGGAGUCGACGACAGCAACAAUCGGUAUCGAUUUCAAGAUGAAAAAGCUCGCCGUACGAGGUAAAGCUUAUAGAUUGAAUUUAUUCGAUACCGCCGGUCAAGAAAGGUUCCGCACCUUAUCAACUAGUUAUUACCGUGGCGCACAUGGCGUCGUUAUAGUCUACGACAUAUCCAACCGGAAAAGCUUCCUUAGCAUGGAAAAAUGGAUCGAAGAGGCGAGGUCGAAUGCCUCCCCGGAUGCCGUACUCUAUUUGGUGGGAAGUAAGUUGGAUAAAGUGGCUACAGACGGCCGCGCCGUUUCCUUCGAAGAAGGCAAAGCGUUCGCCGAUUCCCAAGGAGCCGGUUUUUGCGAGGUUAGCUCCAAGACGAAAGAAAACAUUAGGAAGCCCUUCGUCGAGGUCGUCGAUCGAAUCGUCCAAAAACCCCAACUUCUAGCCGCCGCGGCGCCCGCUUCUAAUAGCACUGGUAUAGACCUAGGUCUUUCGUCCGACUCAUCUUCAGCCUGCGCUUGCUAAGAAGCCCAAGAACUCUGUCUUUUUCUAUUCUCAUUCGGCAAGCAAACUGGUAACCCAAUAAACGCCUAGGUUUUUUGACGCUGAGCGGCGUCAGUGUAUAUAACUGUCCUCUAUAGAUGAUAUCCCCUUAUGCAAUGAUACAUGACCUUCU